AUGCAAGCUGUUACUUGGAAGGCAGCAGGUCAACAGGCUGCUGCUUUUCAGUUCUCGCGAUGGGCUUAUGUGUUAUAUGCUGCGAUGUUCUUUGCAUUUUUUGGGUUCACAGCAGGAGCAAAGAAGAACUACCGUCUAGUUAUCAACUUUUUCGCCAGUCGCCAUGAUAACAAAAUUGUGCCAGGAAUUACUGAAAAUAGAUAUAAACAUUCCGAGUCCGCUACCUACCACAUGUCAUUGUCUUCGACAUUCAAUACGCAAACACCUGACAAUUCUUACUUACAGAAUCCUUACUUACUGCAACGUCCAUCGUCCGUAUGCACGGAUAAUCCACAUCGCGCUUCUCAUGACUCGUGUCCUCUAGAAUUAUCCGCGCAGGUAUAUCAUACUAGCUGCCUCGCUGGUAAUGUCAGGGAAGCAGGGCAUAUGCCAUCUACACCUUCGGUACCCGCAUCACCUGCACCUGUACUGGACAUCAUAUUGGUUUUACGCCGCGACUCGACGCCUUUGGACCGGGUUCAUGCUGGUGGUCAGGUUGUCCAGGAUAACGGCAUAGAUGGAGAGAUGGCCGCUCAAGAUAACGGCAGCAAGCUAGAUAAGCUUGAAGGGAGAGGUGUUUUCUCGUGCGCUAAUAGGUCGUACAUCGACCAACUGACUGGUUCUUGA